AUGUCCUGCUCUGUGCUGCCCCUGCUGCUCGCUCUGAGUCCUGUCCUUUCCUUCCUGUUGCUGCCUGGGGUCUCCGCCUCACAGGAAGUACUCUGGGAGAACUACAAACAUGGCCGCCUCAGCUCUGAGCUGCUUGAUGAACAUAACUGCAACUGGAAAUGCCUGAUGUUCACUCUGCAGUGGCCUGGAGGGUUCUGCCAGUCUCUGAGCAACGAGACUUACUGCAAGGUUCCUCCAAACAUCAACGACUGGACCAUCCACGGCCUGUGGCCCGACGGCGCCCAGAGGUGCUGCAGCUGCUGGCAGAUGUUCCAGUCUGACGUCCAGGAGCUGAAGCAGAACCUGACUGAAUACUGGCCGUCUUUACUAAAAUCCAGAAGCUCUUUCCAGUUCUGGAAGGAGGAAUGGAAUAAACACGGCGUUUGUGCAGCAUGUGUCGAAGGAUUCAACUCUCCUCUAAAAUACUUCCAGGUUUGCCUGAAAUUACGGCAACACUUCGAUAUCUACAGCUGGUUGGAAGCUGCCGGCAUCACGCCAUCCUGCGAACGACUCUACAAGGUUGUCGAGGUGAACGACGUCCUGGCUCCACAUCUGGGAGACAAACAUGAGAUCCAGUGCGUCAAAGAUCAAAAGAGCCGAGAGGUUCUAUAUCAGGUGAAGGUCCGACUGACUCAGAAUCUGACCUUCGGCUGCGAUCACCAUGGCAACACCGCAGGGUCGGGCCCAGAACCGCUCCCGUCCACUGGACACCCAUGUCCCCCAGAUGUCCCUUUUUACUAUUUACCCAUAAACCCGCAGCAGCCGUGGAGGCCCUGCAGCUAG